AUGGAACGUAAGAGGUCGCAGUCAAGCUCAGUUCAAGUGAGAAAAUCUGAAUUUUUCCCUGUCAAUGAAGUCUCAAAAUGUUAAUAGCACCUUCUUGGUGGGACACACUUUCAAAUAAACCGCUUCUCAUCAAUAUCCAGCCAUUCCCAGUGUGUUUUGAGUCGAAAAUAUUUUUCAUCAAUUUCUUAUUUUCCUUCAAACUUUGCUGUAUGUAAAGCAACUGUAUAGUCUGUUCAGAUUUUGAAUGUCAAGUAGAAUGACGUCAUUCAAAAACGCUCUGUGGAUGGCUCGCUCUCUGAUUGGUUUAUCACACCAUUAUGGGCGGAGCUUGAGCGACGACUUGACAUUUUAAAUCUGAACAGACUAUACUCCUGACACGAAAAAUGAAAGUUUCUGUAGGCAAUUUAUUCUCUUUACAAACUUUCCUAAUCGUGGCAGGACCUCUUUAGAAAAUUCGAAGAUCUGCUGAGUGAAAAAUUGAGAUAUAUCUUAGUAAGUCGGAUAGUUAUCCUAUACCUACAUACAUACAUCCAAAAGAACAAAUAGAAGUCAUUUUUCAGGAAAUGUUGCAAAAAGGUUCCGAAAUUGGAGAAAAGUGCGAUUCGUACCAGCCGUGAAUCAACUAUAGUUUGACCUUUAUCCUGAGUGAUGCCAUUUCCCAAAAAGGCGAAUUUUUAGCUUUUUUGCAACUGGAGACUUCCGGCGAAUGUCAUCACGUCCAUCAGCCGUCGAUGGGCCGUGAAUGGGGAUGAAUCGGCGGAGCGAGACGGGGUUUUUGUGCUCCUUGACGGAUCGGCCAGAAUUCGUUCUAUCUGGGAGUACGAUAGCACCAACACGUCAUGUAGAUGAUAUCACUCAAAAAAAUGGGCUUCUGCAAAUGACAGACGACGUCGGACUCCGCCCCCCGUUUCGGCCACGCCUUCUGACGGCUCCGCGGAGGGUGGAGAUCCGAGUCAGAAGCAAGUCAUUUCUGUGGUCGUGUUCUGA